AUGAGUCGACGGGGAACAAUGAAUUCAAGUCCCUCCAAUUCUCCUCAAUUACGAUUAGUUCGUUUUUCCCAACUCGCCAAUCAAAAUGUUCAAUUCACCUUCCUCCUACCCGCCUGUCUGGUUCGCGGGUUUAUCAGCGAACUGGGCUCCGCCACCUUCGAAUAUGGCAAUCACAUAUGGCGUCUGAAAAUAGUGCGUUCUUCACUUCAUAUAGGCGCCUAUCUGGAACUGGUUAUACCCAAUAGAGCGAUGGUUGGCACCUCCUCAUGUGACUUUUCACUUUGGUUGGAUUUCAUCUUUACCGUGGUUAAUUUGAAGCACUUCUCGGACAAUCAGACCUUCACAGAAAAGCAGGUCUUAUUUAAUCGCGAUAACAUGAGUCGAGGAAGCAGUUGUCUUAUUGAGGCAACAACAGUAUAUGAAAGAAACUUUGUCUGCGAAGACGGACGCCUACUGAUUGAAGUGGAGUUGGCCAACGCAGCUGUUAGUUUAACCCUACUACUGAGUCCGGGCAGGAAAAAUCAUCUUGAAUCUUUAAGUUUUGCAUUUGGUGGAGAAGUGUGGAAAGUUGGAAUGGUUGUUAACUGGAAGAAUCAGACUUUAAUGAACCUCUUUUGUCAAUCCUCGCAUCAAACCCUGGGGUAUAUGGUCUCCUUUGAGCUGUUAAUCAACUACGCUUUUGAAGUUGGUCAUCGAGUCGAGUUAUUAGUGCGCCACGGUGGCGGCCAAAUCGAACUGCCCAAAGACUUGAACACUCAAAUUCUUUCAAUUCUGUCAAAAUCUUUUAAUCGACAAGUGACGUUUGUCUGUUUAAGAAAUAUUCGCCUGCAUAGAUUCAGUCUUUUUAGUCUACCCAAAGAAGUGGUAGAGGAACCCUUCCUCCUAAAGUAUGCCGAAGAUGCAGGUGGCGUUUCAUGGAUUGUCACAUUUUCCGUUUUAAGUGAAUGCCUCUACAUCCGUCUGAUGCCACAGGAAAUGACGAAUCCCAUAGCAUCACCCGAAUCAAUCCGUGUAAUUGGAUGGAGUUGGUGUUUUCGAAAUGAUCCUGUGGAAAGUGGUGGAAUGGUACGGCAAAUCUACGUUUGUCACCAGAAACCAACGUCUCGACAUUGUUUUCAAACCGGCUCUGCUGUUUCCUCAGAAGUAUUAAAACAGAUGGAGAGCCUCAAUAGCCAAUUACAAAGGAACACGAGGGAGGAGGAGAAGAGUGAAUGCCCUGAUUUCACAUUUCCCGGGGGACCAAAUUUGAAGGUCAGUGCUUUCAUGUGUUACCAACUUAUGCUUGUUAGUCGGUGA